AAAUUUCUUUCAGAUGCUCGAACAACGGCUUUCGUGACAGACCUGGUGAAUUAAUCGUGACGCAGUCCUGCGUCACUGUUACGUAUAUUUUUAUAUGGGUGACAUUUGUAUUGACGCUUGCCUCCACAUCCGAUUAUUAAUGGUCCUGGAUCAAAAUAAACCGAUAACUCUCAAGUUAAACAGUGCGGCGAGACAGUCUUGUCGCUAUUCAGCUAGGGAUCCAAGAUUAAGAAGUUAAUUAUUCCCAAAAAAGGUACCGCCAGUAUUAUUCUUUAAAGUAGUAUACGAAUAAAUAUAAUGGAAACUGAAAAGGAAAGUCCAAGUGUGGUUUUUAGAAACAGAGUUAAUCGUGAAAAAAUAAGAAUGCAAGACGCAGUUCACGAAUCAUUAUUGACAGAUACUACUUCAGGAAUUGUCAAGGGCGAUGAUGAUUCAACUAGUAUUGGUACUGUUUCUUUCUCGAGUCCGGAAAUAGAAGUCAGUAAUAGGGAAUUUGAUAAAGAAUUUAGAAACGAAAAAGUACGUAAAAGUGUACAAUACGAAGAAGACUUUGAUGGAAUCAAUGAAACUGAUUAUGACAAUCGAUUGACUAAAUAUGCAAUCGAGGAAAUUGAAAUUGGAAAAACGAAAUUAGAAGAUGAGAAGCUUAUAACAAGUAAUGAAAAAAAGAUUAUUAUACCCGAUGGGGGUUGGGGAUGGGUUGUAGUCGGUUCAUCAUUUGUAAUAUCUAUGAUUGCUGAUGGGAUUAGCUUCUCGUUCGGCUUGCUUUACAUUGAGUUUUUGGAUGAAUUUAAAGCAAGUAAAUCAACAACUGCUUGGAUAGGCAGUCUGUUUAUUGCCGUGCCGUUGUUAUCUGGACCAGUUAUGAGCGCACUUGUAGAUCGCUAUGGUUGUCGGAGUAUGACAAUUGUGGGAGGAAUUAUUUCUACAUUAGGAUUUGUACUGGCUUCAAUUUCAACUACCUUGGAGAUGAUGUUGAUAACUUUCGGUGUCAUAGCUGGAUUAGGCCUUGGGCUUGUAUACGUUACUGCAGUUGUUUCAAUUGCGUAUUGGUUUGACAAGAAAAGGAACCUAGCGGUAGGUCUAGGAGCAUGUGGCACGGGUGUAGGCACUUUCUUGUAUGCUCCAAUGACUCAGUAUUUUAUUGAAGAGUAUGGAUGGAGGGGCACAAUUCUUCUCCUAUCGGGAACGUUGUUGAAUUUGUGUGUGUGCGGUGCUGUAAUGCGAGAUCCAGAGUGGUGGAUAUUGGAGCAGAAAAAGCAUAGAAAUGGCAAAGAUGAGAUUAAAGAAGAUGCCAAAUCAAAACUCUCAAGUUCUGUUUCUGUUGCUUAUGGUUCUGAUUCAGACGUUCUUACGCACGGGAAAAGUAUGAAGCGUUUGAUUAAUAAGGGUUUCGCACCUGCCACGGUGAUAAAAGAUGAAGUUCUUAGUAUACUUCGACGUGAGAAUUUGCUUUUAUCUAACUCACAAUGCAAAAAGCCAAGAUCUGUGUCAUUGGAUAAUAUACCAAGUCACCUAAAUUAUACUAACAAGGUAAGUAGACUAUACCUACAUGCUAUUUAAUAUUAUUUCGAUUUCAGCAUGAAAAAUGACACAAAAAACAGCAAUACAGAAGAUAAACGUGCAUCUUUUGAAAGCAAUUCCUUGGAAAAGAAAGAUAUGAUCGAAGACAACAAUUCACAAGUAGAUACGUUUACUUCAGAGGCAUUACAAAGAACACGAUCAGAAAAAAUAGAACAUCGCAAUGACAAAAUAAUAGAAAACCAUCAGUCCAACCAACCAGUUCUUGUCGAAGUAAAAAAAUCGACAGCAGAUACUAAAGAAAAUAAGCCAUUAUUAAAACAGGAUAGCAAGGAGAGCAAACGCGAUUGGUUUAAAAAGCAAUUAUCAAUAAAUCACCACUACUUAAAUGAUCUCAAAAUGCCCUUGAACUCCAUAAGCCAUAGAAAUGCUAUGCUUAAUAUAAAAAGGUAUAAAUUAAAGGCUUCCUCUUGCCCGGAUAUCUUCAAGAACUCGAUGAUAACAGUGAAUGAGCAAGAAGAGCAUUGGACUGCAGACUGCGUCAGCUGCCUCGCUGAUAUGUUCAAUGUAACACUCUUCAAAAAGAUAACAUUCAAUCUUCUUUGCUUCGGUACGAUCAUCAUAUUCGUAUGGUUUAUCGUGCCUUAUUUCUACCUCGCUGAGCAUAUGAUACAAAAGGGAUAUUCAGAAGAUGACGGCGCUGUCAUGUUGAGUUUAAUUGGAAUUACUAAUACAAUUGGAAUGGUGACUCUCGGUUGGAUUGGCGAUUUUCCAAAUGUUUCCAUUGGAAACCUUUACGCUGUCUGUCUCAUUUUAUGCGGAGCAUCUGUUGCUGCAAUACCUCCAACUGCCUCUAAUUAUUGGAUUUUAGCCUCUAUUUCUGCAGCGUUUGGAUUGCUAUUUGCAGCAUCCUUUACAUUUACGCCAAGUCUAUUGGUGAAAUUAGUGUCAUUGGAUGACUUUACAUCGGCCUAUGGAUUAGUUUUGUUGGCUCAAGGAAUAGGACAUUUGAUUGGACCACCAUUGUCAGGUCUAAUUUACGACUUAACAUUGUCCUGGGAGCUGUCGUUCUACUUGGCUGGAGGAUGGAUCAUCGUGGCUGGAGUACUCAUCUCCUUCAUACAUCCCGUCAGAGUUUACCAGCAGAAGCGCUUACUUGCUGAAGAAUGCGAAUCUAGCAUGGCUUAAAACGAAACGAUAACAAAAUAUAUGCAAGUAUUAGAAGGCAUUGUACAACGAACAUAUUCUUCUGUAGCCAAAUAAGAUUAACUAAUUAUUGUGAUUAAUCCGUAUAAUAUAUUAUUUAUAUAGUCAUUUUCUUUACACCUAAUUCCUUUGUAUCAUUUAAAAAUUUAGCUAAAAGUACAUAUGG